AAGGCACGCAAGGAGAAGGCGGACAAGGUCAAGAACUUGGGGUUCGCUAUCAAUCUGCCAGGGAAGGCGCUCGAUCUGCAUGUUCAGGGCGACUACGCGUGGAUAGCAGAAAGCGGUCACGUCAUCAAAAAGAUUGAUCUAAAGGCACGGAAGACGGUCCAGGUAUAUCGUGGUCACUCCGCGCCUGUGACUUGUGUGGAGCUUUAUCGUGCGGCGACGGAUUCGGGCGUGAAGCAGCUGGUUGUGUCAGGCUCUUGGGAUAAGGCGACUACUAUCAAGAUAUGGAACACCGAGACGAAGGAACCUCUAUCAACUGUCCAGGCCCAUGAUGACUUCGUCAAAACCUUGUUCUCGCUGCCCGCCGCAAACCUUCUUAUUUCCAGUGGCUCCGACAAAAUAGUGAGAUUCUGGGACAUGUCUAAUGUUGGCAAAGGCCAGCCUCCCAAAUCUAUGGGCUCGAUAUCUGCGCACACUCGGCCAGUGGAGUGCAUACAGGGAGAGGCACACUCGGAUUCGACUGUCACACUGAUUACGGGGGAUACUAUGGGAAUCAUCAAAGUAUGGAAACUGGAGAAGACAUCUGAUGCUGAACCGCUAUGGAAGAGCACGUUGGAGGACACGCUCGACCAUCAUCGGACGCGGAUAAACGGGCUGUAUUACGGAUCAGGCUUCCUGCUGACUGCUUCUGCGGACGAAACAGUGCAGAUCAUUCACUACCCAGCCACCUCAGGGGUAAAGGAUCCGCCUCCUAUCGCCCUACCUCAGCCCGUUCGCGCCAUUUUGCCCAUGGCGCAGACCGUACUGGAGGAAUCGUACCUAGCCGUGGCGUUCGGGGACAUUAUCAGACUUUACGACAUCGCUCACCCAGAUGAACCCGAGGUCGUGGGCGAAGUUGACGGGCACUGGCACGACGUGACCGCCCUCAAGCUAUGGAUACAAGUGUCGGAAGAUGAUAAAGGUAACAAGAGGAUUGAGCCAUGGAUUGUGUCUGCGAGUUUAGAUGGAACCAUACGAAAGUGGAGACUCGGCGGUACGCUGCCCCCUCAUCCUACCGAAGCAGUUUUACAGCCAGAGCCGAGUGGCGAUGCACAGGAUCCAUCCAAACUCACAGAAGAAGAAGAAAGAGAGUUGGCUGAACUAAUGGAAUAG